AGCCGUCUUCUGCUCGGCACUUUUUUCCGCACCCGCGGGCGGGCGGAGCAGGCGCGGCGCAGGGGGGCGGGGGAGGGGCGCCAGCUGAGACAGCGGCGUCUCCCCAUCGCCCGGCCAAGAUCCGCUCACGCAAUCGGUCUCCAGACCCCUCACCGGGGUCCCCUGCUGGACGGGCCUCUCGAGGCGGAUGCAGCCGCGGCGGCGCCCCCCCGGGAGGCCCCCGCCGGCGUGGCCCCCCGGAGGGCGAUGUUCGCCGCCUGCUCGACGGGCGCGCGGCGGCUCGCCGCGCGCGCGCCGUUGGCGCGCCGCGCGGCGGCGCCAGCGGCGGCGCGCGCGCUGGCGGCCUCGGCGGCGGCGCGCGGGCCGAAGGUGGCCGUCCUGCAGGACCAGCAGAUUCCGAAGGAGGAUGCCGUCGGCGCGCUGAAGGACAAGGGCUUUGACGUUCUGUGGUCCCUCAGCGAGCCUUCGGACGCCUGGGCCAUCUGCACCGUCACGUCCCCCGUGACCGCAGAGGUGCUGGACCGCCACCCUCAGUGCAAGGUUGUUGCUGUGUCCUUUACGGGCUUCAACCACGUCGACCUGGAGGAGUGCAAGAAGCGCGGUAUCGCGGUGGUAAACGUGCCCGCUUACUCCACGGAUGCCGUCGCGGAGCUGUCGGUGGGCCUGACCCUGGCGGUCUACCGCGAGAUCCCCAGCGGGGAGCGCACGCUGCGCGCCGGCGGUUGGGCGCACUCGCCUGGGGGCAUGGAGAUCCGCGACAAGGUGAUCGGGGUGGUUGGCCUGGGGGACAUCGGCAUGCGCACCGCGGAGCUCUUCCGCGCGUUCGGACCGCGGGAGCUGCUCGGCUGGUCGCGACGCGAGAAGCCCGCCUUCGCGGCCGCGCCCAUCUCCGGCAAGAGCGCGACCCUGGAGGAGAUCUUCGACAGGGCCGACGUCGUCUCGAUACACGUGGCCCUGAACGCGGAGACCAAGGGCUUCGUCGGCCGCGCCCUCAUGGAGCGGCUGCGGCCCGAGUCCGUGCUCGUCAACGUGGCCCGCGGCCCGGUCAUCGACCAGAAGGCGAUGGCCGAUCUCCUGACGCAGCGCCGAUUCCGCGCUGGGCUCGACGUGUUCGAGGUGGAGCCCAUCCCUCAGGAUGAUCCGAUCCUGAAGGUGCCGCCGGAGCAGGUCGUGAUCACCCCGCACGUGGCUUACAAGUCGCUCGAGGCGC